AUGACUCAAACGACCCUCCUCCAAUACGAGGCACCAUGGCCUGUCCAGAGCUUAGAUUGGUGCAAGACGCCCUCUCCUGGUCAACAGCACCGAGCGCGAUCAUCCUUUCGCUUAGGCAUCGCCUCCUUCCUCGAGAGCUACAACAACCAGAUCGCUGUCAUUGGGCUGCAAGACGAGCGAGUCCUUGUAGAAGACGACUACAAUGACUACCCCGACUUUGUGACACUGUGCGAGGCGUCCCACGGCUACCCGGCGACGAGCUUGCAGUGGCAGCCUGCAUCCGCGACGGGCCAUGCAUGGUCGCAGAAAUCACCCUCGACGGAGUUGCUGGCGACAACGGGAGAUGCGCUAAGAGUUUGGGAGUAUUCGUAUGAUGGGCCGAGUGCGAUUUCGAGUUACGUGGGCAGGCAGCCGGGGUCGGGGGGACAUUCUCUGCAAAUGAAGGUUGCUCUAUCGGGUCAAUCCAAAAUACAGAGUGGGUCGACGGGGGCACCGCUGACGAACUUUUCAUGGAACGAGAAGGCCCCAAGCCUCAUCGUGACUUCCUCCAUCGAUACAACGUGUACAGUGUGGAACAUCGACACCUCCACUGCGAUCACCCAGCUCAUCGCUCACGAUCGUGAAGUCUACGAUGUAGCUUGGCUUCCCGGUUCAACCGACAUCUUCGUGUCCGUCGGUGCAGAUGGAAGUCUGCGGGCCUUCGACUUGAGGAGCUUGGAGCACUCCACUAUCUUGUACGAGACGCCAGCACCCAAGGGGCCAGUACCAGCGGAGUCACCCUCUUCAUCUGCCCGUCCAGCGACUUCUCCACUCCUCCGCAUUGCUUUCAACCCUUCGGACUCCAAUUAUAUGUCCACCUUCCACAUGGAUGGACAGGAAAUACAAAUCCUUGACAUGCGUAGCCCCGGCCAGCCUGUCAUGGAGCUUAGAGCCCACCGUGGCCAAGUAAAUGCUCUUGGAUGGGGCUCUGCUGAACGUCCCCUACUAGCUACCGCGAGUGACGACUGUCAACUUCUCCUGUGGGAUUUGGCUAGCUACACACAGAGCGCCGCAUCUCCGCGCAGCGCCGGGUCGCGAUUAAACUCCCCCCGCCCAGAUGUCAAGAAGAAGGUCGUGACUGAUCCUGUGAUGGCAUAUACCGCUCCGGGGCAGAUAACAAAUCUUGCUUGGUCGCCUCCGAUCCCCGGAAUGGUUAUGAAUACUGGGCAUUCCACGGCCACGGGAGAGUGGAUAGCGAUAUCGUUAGGCAAGUCUAUCAAGGCCCUGAAAGUCUGA